UUUGUUCAUGGUGUACAUUUUGCGUGGUUUUAUAUUCAUUUUACUAUUUGUCAUGUUUAUUAUCGCAGUCAAACCAACUGUUAAUGAGUCUUAUUCGACUUCAAAAUCCAAAUCAUGGAAUGGCAACAGUAUUCAUCUCAGAUGUUUUGCAACUGGUUUACCUUCACCACGAAUAUCAUGGUACAAACCAACAAAUCAACAGAUCACUACAGGUGUCAUCAUUGUACCCGGGGGUAGUGAGGUGACAGUACUGACAGCUACUGACCAAGCGGACUAUGGACAGUACAAGUGUCGAGCAACAAACAUCCUGGGAAGUGAUGAACAUGUUAUAAAUGUUACUAAGCUGAUUUCCCCAGGUCCUGUUUCUUUAACAAUAACCGAUGUCGAAGCAUCAUCCAUAAAUGUUACAUGGUACAAACCUGCUGAUGAUGGUGGACUCGAUGUCACUGGUUACUUAGUGGAAGUCAGUACCAAGCCACCAGUGAUCACAGUGAAUACCAAUGCUGUUGUAACAGGACUGAAAGCAAACACGCUCUACGCGGUCAAAGUGUAUGCCAAGAAUAUUGUUGGAUAUGGAGUGGGGUCUUCCAAAAUUAUCAGAACACAAAAAAUAGGUAAAUACAAUAUGAAAGGAAAAGGUAAGCCAUCAGCUCCAGAGCUAGUGAUAGCUCUUCUUGAACGGUCACCAGAGUUCAAACUCUCAGUCCUCUUGAGAUGGGAAGAGCCGGAUGACAAUGGCGGCAACAUAUCAAGGUACACAAUCUACGUAAAGGAAGUCGAGAAAAAGGCUGAGUGGACAAAGUAUGAUAACGUUAUUGAUUCAAAACAGUUUGAAUAUAAAAUAACAAAGGACAUUGUUUAUGGCAAAACAUACAUGUUUAUGGUAACUGCAUGGAACAAAUAUGGAGAAAGUGUGAAGGAUGAAGGAGGUGCCAAGACUGUAAAUACUACAGCUGACAAGGCAACGGCUACAAAUGGUCGGUAUCAGAAAUAAUUUACAGUUAAAAAAAUUAAACAUAUUUUAUUAAUAUGUUCUCCUAUUCUAUUGACCAAUAUGUAGCAAGUAUUGAUUCUUCUAAAGAUACAUAGGGAAUUAUGUUUAUAGAACGAAACGGGGUAUUGA